AUGGUUCAGCAACUGAAGGCUUCAAGGUCAGGAACUAAAGGCCACAUGACAAGAUCAAUAGGCCUGAUCAACGGAUACGCCAACAAAGUGAUGAACCAACAAGAGGCAAACAGUCUAGAGGUCCUAGAAGGAAAAUUGAAAGGUCUCUACGAGACUUACGUGAUCGCAUCAAGAGAUAUUUUGGAGAAAUUAAGAGCGAGCAAGGCGACGCAGGAGGAGCUUGAUGAGGAGCAGACCAUCACGCUCCAAACUCAAGAUGAAGUACUUGGAGCGAGAGCAAUCAUCAAGCAGAAGAAACAAGAAUGGUUGGAUGAUGAAAGAGACAGACGACUGUUAACGCUCUUCCAGGCAACAAAUCAAGCGUCCAAUCUAGCAGGCAAUCAAGCAACUAGUCAAGCACAGAUGGCGCAAAUCAUUGCCCAAGUCAUGGCGGCCAUUCCGGCACCUCCUGCACCAGUAAUCAACGUGACGGCAGCGCCAGCUCCAGCUCCAGCCGUACAGUCGACAAGAUUGCCGCAGCGACAAAUUAAGCAUUUCAGAGGGGACGUACUGGAAUGGACCCAAUUCUGGGAAUCAUUUAACGCAGCUGUCCACUCUUCAUCUCUAUCGAACGUGCAAAAAUUCGACUACCUCAAGGAGUAUUUGAAAGGUGAAGCGUAUCUCUUAGUUAACAAUCUUGAAUUAACAGAUGCGAAUUAUCAAGUCGCCAUCGACGAAUUGAAAAGGAUGUACGGGAAGACGGACGUCCUAAUCGACGCGCACUUUGCGAAACUGGAUGCCUUGCAGCCCGUAAAGGACGGGAACGACGUUCCAGCUCUGAGGAGCUUCCAGCUGAAUCUCCAAUCGCACAUCAGCGCGUUGGAAACGUUAGGAGUCCCCACAUCAUCCUUUGGCGGACUCCUCGGAUCAAGAUUAAUCAAAUUAAUUCCUUCCAGGCUCCAGCUAGAGUGGGCGAAAUCGGCAACGAACAAAACCACAGACAUCGAAAUGGUCAUCAACUUCAUUGGAGAACAAAUCGAUGCAGCCGAGAGGUACAACCGGAUCAAAGGAGUGGAAAAGGAGAAACCAUCUCCAGCUCCUAAACAGCCAAAACCGGCAAACCCACCGCCAGCAACGGCAUCACAACUGGCAGUAGGAGCCAAGGCAAGCCCAGCUCCUCAGGUUAAAUCCUCCUUAAAAACUAAAAACGUUAAAUUUAACCCAAGUUGGAUUGUAUGUGAAAGGCCCUGCAUCUUCUGCAGCGAAAUUCACUGGCCGACAAAAUGCCCAAAGGGACUAGCGGAAAGGAAGAAGAUAAUUUUUGAUCUAAAAAGGUGCGUCAAUUGCUUUGGAUCAAAGCACGAGCUGAAGGAUUGCACAUCCACCCGGAACUGCAACAAGUGCGGAGGAAGACAUCACACCUCUCUCUGCGACAAAGGAGACGUCCGAGUCUCCAACCCAACAACAGCAGCAAGCAUCGUGGCCAGCAGUCCAACUACAACAACUACAGCCUGUGCAAGCACGUUUGGACAAUUGAUGCUGAAAACGGCAACAGUUAUCAUCAGCGGCCAGAACGGUAACGAAACAAGAGCGAUCUUAUUUGCAGACGACGGGAGUCAUCGUUCCUGGGUGUUGAAAUCACUCUCAUCGCAACUUAAUAUGAAGACAGUAGCGGUGGAAAACAUCAGCACAAGAGUGUUCAAGAAAAAGGAACCCAGCAAGCCCGAAAUGACGAAAAACGUUGAAAUGCAAGUAAGGGGCACCUGGCAAGGCGCCCCAAAAGUUACAUUAAUGGCUUUAGAAUCAGAUCAUAUUGCAGAUACCGGCCCGUACGUAGGAAACGAAUUCGCAAGCAGCCUCUGGAUCUAA